UUCCAUAAAUAGUAAAUACUAAAUACGCAGUCAUACAGUCGCAGGUAUUUUAGUAUUCUUAAUAUCUAUUAAGAUUUAAGUUGAUACCAAUUACCAGUUAGAAUGCGUCAUUGGUCAGAAGUGUUAGUGUGUUUACUCAAUACUAUUUUACGACUUUACUUUUAGUACUACUCUACUUUAUAAUAGUUAAGUGUAAAGCUUAUGAUAAUGAGCAACUUAAACUUAAACCAAAAAACCUAUAUUUAUGAAUUGCCAUAUACCGAACGUAAAGAACUCUGCAAUAUAAUUGACAUGAAUGAUAAAUGGGAAGAACUAGGUGGAAAGUAUAUGAAAAUUGACUGUGCAACAUUAUUUAAAAUUAGUAAAGCUCCUAUGAGAAAUCAUUCGUCUACCGAUGAACUUUUAACAUUAUGGGGAGAACAAAAUCAUACAAUAUUAGAAUUAUUUACUAUCUUAUAUGAAAUGCAACACUACAGAGCAAUGAUCAUUCUUAAACCAUUUGUGGAUAAUAAAUAUCAUAAAUUGAUUUAUCAGGGUGAUAAAAGUUUUAGUAACCUAGUAAAGACAGAAACUGGCAAUGAUUUAAAUAAUGAUGCUGGUAAUCUUAUAAAAUUGAACACUGAUAGCAAUCAUAAAAGAGUAAAUAAUCUAGAACAUGAAGAUUUAAUUAAAUCAGGCAAAAUAAAUGAGCAUAUUUAUUCUGAUCCAUCUGUUAUGUUUUCCUCUGCUGAAGCAUGUACGCCUUUGAUAACAUACAAUGAACUUGAACAAGCUACUAAUUACUGGAAUAAGGAAAAUAUUUUGGGAAAAGGAGGUUUUGGAGUAGUUUUUAAAGGCAUAUGGAAAAACACAGCAGUUGCUAUUAAACGUCUUGAAGCUCAGAAAGGAGCAGAACAACAAUUUAAUAUUUUAGAAGCUCAAAGACAACAAUCUUUAAGAGAACUGAAGUAUUUAAAUUCUUGCAGACAUGAUAAUAUUUUAUCCCUUUAUGGAUUUAGCAUUGGUGGUGAAAAACCAUGUUUAGUGUAUCAGUAUAUGAUCAACGGUUCUCUUGAAGAUCGAUUACAAUGUCGACAAGGAACUAAACCUUUAACAUGGUGUAUUCGUUUUAAAAUUGCAACAGGAUCUGCUAGAGGAUUGCAAUUUUUACAUGGAAUGGAUAAACCUUUAAUUCAUGGAGAUAUUAAAAGUGCAAAUAUUCUUUUGGAUCCAUAUUUUGAACCUCGUAUUGGUGAUUUUGGAUUGGCUCGUGAAGGACCUCUUCAAGAAUAUACUCAUGUAAAAGUUAGCCAUGUUCACGGAACAAGACCCUAUCUCCCAGAUGAAUUUUUAAGAGGCAAAAAGUUUUCCACUAAAGUUGAUACUUAUAGUUUUGGUGUGGUACUUUUUGAAAUUGCUACUGGUCAAAGAGCAUAUGACAGUUUAAGAAAUCAUAAAUUUUUGAAAGAUCAUGUUGAAAAUAAUGAUUGUCCAAUUUCUGACAUGGCAGAUGUGAAGGCAGGACCAGAUGAAAACAAUGUUUAUCUUUCUCUCAUGACUAUUGGCAAAAAUUGUGUUAGUUAUAAAGCAAAAGAUCGCCCUGAAAUGGAACAAGUAUUAAGAAAAUUAGAUUGUGUUAUGUUACAAGAAAAGCAUCAAUCUACUAUCAGACACAGUUAUUUACCAACAUUUCAAUAUGAGAUGCAAAUGAGAAAACUUUCAACUCCAUCCGGUUCCUACCAUCCACAGCCAUGGCUAUUUAGUCCUAUUCCGAGUAAUCAAUUGUUAAAACAAAAUACAUCACCUGUACCUCAUUUUGGAGCAUUAACUGUUCCUGAUCAAAUCGAAGGUGUAGUUGUGCCUCAAAUAGAAAUAAAAAACAAUUGUUUUAAAGUAACAAGUAAUCCAGCUUCUACAAGAUCCACAAAUGUCACGCCGUCCAUUAACGAAUCACUUUCAGACAGUCAGUUAGUUAAUAAUAGUGAUCAAGAUUCAACUAGUACACCUCAAUUUGUUGAAUCUAAACUUCAGACUAGCGUUGAAAAAAAAAAUAGUGCUUGGAAUAACUCAAUUCCUGGAGAAUGUGAUGAAUUACCAUUGAUAUCAGAAUUGCGAUUACAAUCUAAUCAAAACUCUAUAAUAUGAUAAAUAAUAUAUUUUAUGUUUAAAUAUUAAUUAUAUAUUUUAUUUUU